AGGAAAUCAAGUUGGAAUUGAAGGAGUCUGGUCAAGUGGAAAAUUUGGAAAGUGCCCCAUCAGCUGCUCUGCCACUACCCAAAAAUGACUCAGCCAACACGAUCAAUGCUGAAAAGUACUUUUUACCCUUUGAAUUGGCCUGUCAGAGCAAGACACCGAGAAUUGUUGUGACUGCACUCGAUUGUCUACAAAAACUGAUUGCAUAUGGCCAUUUGACGGGUAACAUUCCGGAUUCGUCGAAUCCGGGUAAAUUUCUCAUUGAUCGCAUUGUCACCACGAUAUGCAAUUGUUUUAUGGGACCCCAGACGGAUGAAGGGGUACAGUUGCAGAUCAUCAAGGCCCUCCUGACCGUGGUGACGUCACAGUAUGUGGAGGUGCACGAGGGUACGGUACUACAGGCCGUCCGAACAUGCUAUGAUAUCUAUUUGUCCAGCAAAAAUCUCAUCAAUCAAACAACAGCACGGGCUACUCUCACACAAAUGCUCAAUGUCAUUUUUACGAGGAUGGAGCAUCAAGCCACUGAGGUGGUGACAUCAUCGCCUUCCGAUAGUGGAAGUGGGAGUGAUAUGAAGGCCAUUGGGGAGGAAUUGUCUGUGGAGGAAAUUGCACGGAGUGUCUUGGAUGAGAUUAUUGCCAAUGCUGUGGCCAUGGCUGAGGCGAGUGUCAGUCAGAAUGGCACAAUAAUAAGGGUUCCGUCCCAGGAGAGUGUUGAGACUCACAGUGAGAAUGAUGCAAUUGUUACGGCUAAGUUUACACAUAUUCUCCAGAAAGAUGCAUUCCUUGUCUUUAGGGCACUUUGUAAGUUGUCUAUGAAACCAUUGCCGGAUGGUAUGCCAGAUCCUAAAUCCCAUGAACUUCGUUCGAAGGUUUUGUCGUUGCACUUACUUUUGUCUAUUUUGCAAAAUGCUGGUCCAGUUUUUCGUUCCAAUGAAAUGUUCAUCAUGGCUAUUAAGCAGUAUUUAUGUGUGGCCCUGUCGAAGAAUGGUGUUAGUUCGGUUCCGGAAGUUUUUGAACUAUCCCUGUCCAUCUUCGUUGCUUUGUUGUCCAAUUUUAAGAUUCACUUGAAGAAGCAGAUCGAGGUGUUUUUUAAAGAGAUUUUUCUGAAUAUCUUGGAAACUACGAGUUCAUCUUUUGAUCAUAAGUGGAUGGUGAUUCAGGCAUUGACACGUAUCUGUGCUGAUGCACAGAGUGUCGUUGACAUCUACGUAAACUACGACUGUGACUUUUCAGCGGCGAAUCUCUUUGAGAGACUGGUUAAUGAUCUGUCGAAGAUAGCACAGGGGCGUCAUGCAUUGGAACUGGGUGCUACGCCAAAUCAGGAGAAGAGUAUGAGAAUCCGGGGAUUGGAGUGUCUCGUGUCAAUACUGAAGUGUAUGGUGGAAUGGAGUAAGGAUUUGUAUGUCAAUCCGAAUUUGCAGACAAGUCUCGGUGAGCCGGCUAAGGUCACAACAACUGCAGCAGAGGAACCAAUGGGAUCACUAAAGUCUCAUGGUGGUUCCAAUCUCAGUCUCAAUUCGACAGGAAGCACAAAUACCAAUGGUGGGGGGAAUCGAGAGGUGCUGGAUUUGCCGGAGGAACUGGAGGAACGGAAGCAACGCAAGGAGAUUAUGGAGAUGGGCAUUGAUAUGUUCAAUCGAAAGCCGAAAAAGGGUGUAGCAUUCCUGCAGGAACGCACGUUACUUGGGGACUCAGUUGAAGCUAUAGCUAAGUGGUUGCAUGAAGAUGAUCGUCUGGAUAAGACGGUGAUUGGUGAUUAUCUUGGUGAAAAUGAUGAUCAUUGCAAGAAAGUGAUGUGUGCAUACAUA